CUCUCGCUCUCUGGCUCGCUUCUCUCGCUCGCUCUCGCUCCUUUUUUUGCCUUUUUUCUCUCGCUCGCUUUCCGGACCUUCUCCGGGAGCCCCGGGGAUCUAAAAAUCGCCACCAGGAGCCCCCCCAUCCCUUUUGGCGGAUGCUGGAGUCUGGUCUCGGGAUAGGAGUGACCGCUUGCUGGUAACACGUCCGGACCGCCCCCCCCAAGGUUUUGCCUCUGGAUUCCGGUGGGCAGCCACCGCUGCAGCCAGCCGAGGGGAGGCAAAGAAAGAAAGAAAGAAAGAAAGAAGGAAAAGAAGCCGGUUGUAAGGUGAGCGCCCUUUCCUCUCUCCUCCUUCCCUCGCUCCAGCCGGAGCUGGUCAGUUUCAGCCCUCGGGGGCUUGGUCAAUUUCACUGCGCCUUGCAAGGCCGGCCCGCCCGCCCGCCAGCCCGGGAGGGUUGGUCCGCUUCAGCCGCCCGCCACUUCUCCAAGCCGGCCUCCCGUUCCUCCGAGGAGCACCUUCCGUAGGGCGCCAUGAAUAGCAACAGUUACUACGACCAGACCCCCCCUCAACCCUAUUACCAGGGCGAGGAGCAAGAAGAGAUGCCGGCCACCGAGAAGGACCUGGCCGAGGACGCGCCCUGGAAGAAGAUCCAGCAGAACACCUUCACCCGCUGGUGCAACGAGCACCUCAAGUGCGUCAACAAGCGGAUCGGGGACCUCCAGAAGGACCUCAGCGACGGCCUCAAGCUGAUCGGCCUCCUGGAGGUGCUGAGCCAGAAGAAAAUGUACCGCAAGUACCACGCGCGCCCCAACUUCAGGCAGAUGAAGCUGGAGAACGUCUCGGUGGCGCUCGAGUUCCUGGACCGCGAGCACAUCAAGCUCCUCCCCACAGACAGCAAGGCCAUUGUGGACGGCAACCUGAAGCUGAUCCUGGGCUUGAUAUGGACCCUGAUUCUGCACUACUCCAUCUCCAUGCCCAUGUGGGAGGACGAGGACGAGGAAGAUGCCAAGAAACAGACGCCCAAGCAGCGCCUCUUGGGCUGGAUCCAGAACAAGGUUCCCCAGCUGCCCAUCACCAACUUCAACCGGGACUGGCAAGAUGGGAAAGCGUUGGGCGCUCUGGUGGACAACUGCGCCCCAGGCCUGUGCCCGGACUGGGAGAUGUGGGAUCCCAACCAGCCGGUGGAAAACGCCCGGGAAGCGAUGCAGCAGGCGGAUGACUGGCUCGGGGUGCCCCAGGUGAUUGCCCCCGAGGAAAUUGUGGACCCCAAUGUGGACGAGCACUCGGUGAUGACUUACCUGUCUCAGUUCCCCAAAGCGAAACUCAAACCCGGAGCCCCCCUGCGCUCCAAGCAGCUCAACCCCAAGAAGGCCAAGGCUUACGGCCCAGGCAUCGAACCGCAUGGGAACACCGUCCUGAAACCAGCCCAUUUCACCGUGGAGACCAUCGAGGCAGGAAUGGGAGAGGUCCUGGUCUAUAUUGAAGAUCCGGAGGGACACACGGAAGAGGCCAAAGUGGUUGCCAACAACGACAAGAAGCGGACGUACGCCGUCUCCUACGUGCCCAAAGUGGCCGGCUUGCAUAAGGUCACGGUCCUGUUUGCGGGGCAGAACAUCGACAAGAGUCCCUUUGAGGUCAACGUGGGCAUGGCGCUGGGCGAUGCCAGCAAGGUGUCCGCCCGUGGCCCAGGCCUAGAGCCCGUGGGCAACGUGGCCAACAAGCCCACCUACUUUGACAUCUACACGGCAGGGGCCGGGGCCGGCGAUGUGGGCGUGGUGAUCGUCGACCCCCAGGGCCGCCGUGACACCGUGGAAGUUGUGCUGGAGGACAAAGGCGACAACAUCUUCCGGUGCACCUACCGCCCCGUCCUGGAGGGACCGCACACCAUCUACGUCACUUUCGCCGGAGCCCAGAUCCCGAAAAGCCCUUUCGUGGUCAAUGUGGCAGAAGCUUGCAGCCCCAAUGCUUGCCGGGCAAUGGGCCGUGGGCUCCAGCCGAAGGGCGUGCGCGUCAAGGAGGUGGCCGACUUCAAAGUCUACACCAAGGGAGCAGGCACCGGCGAGCUGAAAGUUGUGGUCAAGGGACCAAAAGGCACAGAGGAGCCGGUGAAGGUUCGUGAGGUGGGCGACGGAGUGUACGAAUGUGACUAUUACCCGGUGGUGCCCGGGAAAUAUGUCGUGACCAUUACGUGGGGCGGCUACGCCAUUCCCAGGAGUCCCUUUGAGGUGCAGGUGGGACCGGAGGCGGGGCUGCAGAAGGUCCGGGCUUGGGGGCCCGGCUUGGAGACCGGCGUUGUGGGCAAAUCCGCGGAUUUUGUGGUGGAGGCAAUCGGCACCGAAGUUGGCACUCUGGGCUUCUCCAUCGAGGGCCCCUCGCAGGCCAAGAUUGAGUGCGACGACAAGGGCGACGGUUCGUGCGAUGUGCGCUACUGGCCCACAGAGCCGGGCGAGUACGCCGUGCACGUGAUCUGUGACGACGAGGACAUCAAGGUCAAGGCUUUCGGCCCCGGCCUAGAGCCAACGGGCUGUAUUGUGAACAAACCAGCUGAAUUCACCAUCGAUGCCAGAGGAGCUGGCAAGGCGGCGCUCAAGAUCUACGCCCAGGAUGCAGAAGGCGUCCCCAUUGACAUCAAGGUCAAGGAUAACGGCGAUGGUACCUUCUCCUGUGUCUACGUCCCCACCAAGCCCAUCAAACACACCAUCAUCAUCAGCUGGGGAGGUGUCAACAUCCCCAAGAGCCCCUUCCGGGUGAUUGUGGGAGAAGGAAGCCACCCUGACAAAGUCAAGGUGUACGGUCCUGGAGUCGAGAAGACGGGGCUGAAAGCCAAUGAGCCCACUUACUUCACAGUGGAUUGCAGCGAAGCUGGCCAAGGGGACGUGAGCAUUGGCAUCAAGUGUGCCCCAGGCGUGGUGGGGCCGGUAGAGGCCGACAUCGAUUUCGACAUCAUCAAGAACGACAACGACACCUUCACAGUGAAGUACACCCCACCUGGCCCCGGGCGUUACACGAUCAUGGUGCUCUUCGCCAACCAGGAGAUCCCCAUCAGCCCCUUCCACAUCAAGGUGGAUCCUUCCCACGAUGCCAGUAAAGUGAAGGCAGAGGGACCGGGACUCAACCGGACAGGCGUGGAGGUUGGGAAGCCCACCCACUUCACCGUCUUCACCAAGGGGGCCGGCAAAGCCAAGCUGGACGUCCACUUCGCUGGGGCCAUCAAGGGUGAGGUGGUGCGGGAUUUUGAGAUCAUAGACAACCACGACUACUCGUACACCGUCAAAUACACCGCCGUGCAACAGGGGAACAUGGCAGUGACUGUGACCUACGGAGGAGACCCCAUUCCCAAGAGCCCUUUCCCAGUGAACGUGGCGCCCCCCCUGGACCUCAGCAAGGUCAAAGUGCAAGGACUCAACAACAAGGUGGACGUGGGUCGUGACCAGGAAUUUACCAUCAACACGAAGGGAGCCGGGGGUCAAGGCCAGGUAGAUGUGAAGAUCAGCUCACCCUCCCGCCGCCCGAUCCCCUGCAAGGUGGAGACGGGCGCCAGCAGCCACCUCCACUCGGUGAAGUACAUGCCGCCGGAGGAAGGGCCCUACAAGGUGGACGUCACUUACGACGGGCACCCUGUCCCGGGCAGCCCCUUCACCGUCGAGGCCGUCAUGCCUCCAGACCCCUCCAAGGUCUGCGCCUACGGGCCGGGACUGAAGGGCGGCUUCGUGGGCAAGCCUGCGCCUUUCACCAUCGACACCAAGGGAGCUGGGACCGGCGGGCUGGGCUUGACGGUGGAGGGCCCCUGUGAGGCCAAGAUCGAGUGCCAGGACAACGGCGACGGGUCCUGCUCCGUGUCUUACCUGCCCACCGAGCCUGGGGAAUAUGCCAUCAACAUCCUCUUCGCUGAAUCUCACAUCCCCGGCUCCCCCUUCAAGGCCGACAUCAAGCCCGUCUUCGAUCCGUCCAAGGUGACCGCCAGCGGCCCCGGCCUGGAGCGCGGCAAGGUGGGCGAGGUGGCGACCUUCAUGGUCGACUGCUCCAAGGCGGGCGACGCCGAGCUCACCAUUGAGAUCAUCUCCGAUUCGGGGGUCAAGGCUGAGGUGGUGAUCCAGAACAACAGCGACGGGACCUACACCAUCACCUACAUCCCCUCCUUUCCCGGCACCUACACCAUCACCAUUAAAUAUGGCGGGCACGCCGUGCCCAAAUUCCCCGCCCGGGUCAACGUGGAUCCUGCUGUGGACACCAGCAACGUCAAGGUCUUUGGGCCUGGAGUGGAACCACGAGGUGUCCUGCGUGAGGUCACCACCGAGUUCACCAUUGAUGCGCGCUCUCUGACCAAGACGGGGGGCAGCCACAUCAAGGUGCGCGUCAUCAACCCCUCGGGGGCCAAGACAGAAACGUACAUCACCGACAAUGGGGAUGGCACUUACCGCGUACAAUACACCCCCUUCGAGGAUGGGGUGCACCUCGUGGAGGUGACCUACGACGACGUGCCGGUCCCCAAGAGCCCCUUCCGGGUGGGCGUCACCGAGGGCUGCGAUCCGAGCCGCGUCCGGGCUUACGGCCCUGGACUUGAGGGCGGACUAGUGAACAAAUCGAACCGAUUCACCGUGGAAACCAGGGGCGCAGGGACCGGGGGUCUUGGCUUGGCCAUCGAAGGCCCGUCGGAGGCCAAAAUGUCCUGCAAGGACAACAAGGACGGAAGCUGCAGCGUAGAGUACAUCCCCUUCACGCCGGGCGACUAUGACGUCAACAUCACCUUCGGGGGGCGCCCCAUCCCCGGGAGCCCCUUCCGCGUUCCUGUCAAGGACGUGGUGGAUCCCAGCAAGGUGAAGUGCUCUGGCCCCGGGCUGGGGGCUGGUGUGAGAGCGCGUGUCCCGCAGACCUUCACGGUGGACUGCAGCAAAGCCGGGCUGGCGCCGCUGGAUGUGAAGGUGUUGGGACCCACAGGGAUGGCUGAGCCGGUGGAAGUGCGCGACAACGGGGACGGCACCCACACUGCGAACUACACGCCGGCCACCGACGGCCCGUACACCGUCUCCGUCAAGUACGCUGGACAAGAAGUGCCCCGGAGCCCCUUCAAGAUCAAGGUCCUCCCGGCCCACGACGCCAGCAAAGUGCGAGCCAGCGGCCCCGGUCUCAACGCCUCUGGCAUCCCGGCCAGCCUGCCCGUCGAAUUCACCAUCGAUGCUCGAGAUGCUGGCGAGGGCUUGCUCACCGUCCAGAUUCUGGCUUGUGACACAAUCCCUCACGUCGAGGAGCCCCGUGACACCGAGCAGCUCCACCCGUCCUUCCCGGCGCACCACGCUGGCGGCGGAUACCCCCCGCCCUGGGCUACAGACGAACCCGUCGCCCCUCCGGAGAGCGCGGACUCCAUGCUGCGCCCCUUCAACCUGGUCAUCCCCUUCACGGUGCAGAAGGGGGAGAUCACAGGGGAGGUCCGGAUGCCUUCUGGGAAGACGGCCCGGCCUCACAUCACCGACAACAAGGACGGCACCGUGACGGUCAAGUACGCCCCCGUGGAGAAGGGCUUGCACGAGAUGGACAUCAAAUACGACGGCAACCACAUACCAGGGAGCCCGCUCCAGUUCUAUGUGGAUGCCAUCAACGCCCGCCACGUGAGCGCCUACGGGCCGGGGCUCAGCCACGGGAUGGUGAACAAGCCGGCAACGUUCACCAUUAUCACCAAGGAUGCCGGCGAAGGGGGCCUCUCCCUGGCCGUGGAGGGUCCGUCGAAGGCCGAGAUCUCCUGCAAGGAUAAUAAGGAUGGCACCUGCAGUGUCUCCUACUUGCCGACGGCUCCUGGCGAUUACAACAUCAUCGUGCGCUUUGACGAUAAGCACAUCUCGGGCAGCCCCUUCACGGCCAAGAUCACAGGUGACGAUUCCAUGCGCACGUCCCAGCUGAACGUGGGCACCUCCACCGACGUGUCUCUGAAGAUCACAGAGAGCGACCUGAGCCUGCUGACGGCCAGCAUCCGGGCGCCGUCGGGCAACGAGGAGCCCUGCUUACUCAAGCGCCUGCCGAAUCGGCACAUUGGGAUCUCGUUCACUCCCAAGGAAGUAGGCGAGCACGUGGUGAGCGUCAAGAAGAGCGGGAAGCACGUGACCAACAGCCCCUUCAAGAUCAUGGUGGGCCAGUCGGAGAUCGGCGACGCCAGCAAAGUCAAAGUGUCCGGCAAGGGGCUUGUGGAAGGGCGCACGUUCGAGGUGUCCGAAUUCAUCGUUGACACGCGCACCGCGGGCUAUGGCGGUCUGGGCCUCUCCAUCGAAGGCCCCAGCAAAGUGGACAUCAACUGUGAGGACAUGGAGGACGGAACCUGUAAAGUCACGUACUGUCCCACCGAGCCCGGAAACUACAUCAUCAACAUCAAGUUUGCUGACAAGCAUGUUCCAGGAAGCCCUUUCACGGUGAAGGUGACGGGCGAGGGGCGGAUGAAGGAGAGCAUCACCCGCCGGCGCCAGGCCCCGUCUAUCGCGACCAUCGGCAGCACCUGCGAUCUCAACCUCAAGAUCCCAGGGAACUGGUUCCAGAUGGUCUCUGCCCAGGAGAGGCUGACGCGCACCUUUACGCGCAGCAGCCACACCUACACGCGCACCGAGCGGACCGAGAUCAGCAAGACGCGCGGCGGCGAGACCAAGCGAGAGGUGCGGGUGGAGGAGUCCACGCAAGUGGGCGGCGACCCCUUCGCCAACGUCUUCGGCGACUUCUUGGGCCGCGAGAGCCUGGGCUCCUUUGGAAGCAUCACUCGGACCCAGGAGGGUGAGGCCGGCUUACAGGCCAUGACGGCCCAGGUGACCAGCCCGUCGGGGAAGAUGUCCGAGGCGGAGAUCAUCGAGGGAGAAGACAGCGCCUACUCCGUCCGCUUUGUGCCACAGGAGAUGGGCCCCCACACGGUCAACGUCAAAUAUCGCGGCCAGCAUGUGCCCGGCAGCCCCUUCCAGUUUACCGUGGGGCCGCUGGGGGAAGGAGGCGCCCACAAGGUGCGGGCUGGAGGCCCCGGCCUGGACAGAGGCGUCGCCGGAGUGCCAGCUGAGUUCAGCAUAUGGACCCGGGAAGCUGGAGCUGGCGGUCUCUCCAUCGCGGUUGAGGGACCCAGCAAGGCGGAGAUCGCCUUUGAGGACAGGAAGGACGGAUCCUGCGGCGUCUCCUACAUUGUCCAGGAACCAGGUGACUACGAAGUGUCCAUCAAGUUCAAUGACGAGCACAUCCCCGACAGCCCCUUCGUGGUCCCCGUGGCCUCCCAUUCGGACGAUGCUCGCCGCCUGACCGUCACCAGCCUUCAGGAGACCGGCCUGAAAGUGAAUCAACCCGCUUCCUUUGCGGUUCAGCUCAAUGGGGCGCGAGGCGUGAUUGACGCCAAAGUCCACACGCCCUCCGGGGUGGUGGAGGAGUGCUACGUCUCAGAACUAGACAGUGACAAAUACGCCAUCCGCUUCAUCCCUCACGAGAACGGCGUCCACUCCAUCGACGUCCGGUUCAACGGCCGACACGUCCCUGGCAGCCCCUUCAAUAUCCGAGUGGGCGAGCAGAGCCAGGCCGGUGACCCCGGGCUCGUCACGGCCUACGGCCCAGGGCUCGAGGGGGGAACCACAGGUGUCUCCUCCGAGUUUGUUGUGAAGACCCGGAACGCGGGAUCCGGCGCCCUUUCCGUCACCAUCGACGGGCCCUCCAAGGUGCAAAUGGACUGCCAGGAAUGCCCGGAGGGCCACAAAGUCACUUACAUGCCCAUGGCGCCAGGAAACUACCUCAUCUCCAUCAAGUACGGAGGCCCCCAGCAUGUGGUCGGCAGCCCCUUCAAGGCAAAAGUCACAGGUCCCCGCCUCUCGGGCGGACACAGCCUCCACGAGACCUCCACCGUGCUGGUCGAGACCGUCACCAAGGCCUCCUCUUCCUCCUCCUCCUCGGUGGGGGGCAGCUACAGCACCAUGCCCAAGUUCUCCUCUGAUGCCAGCAAGGUGGUGGCCCGGGGGCCUGGGCUAACCAAGGCCUUUGUGGGCCAGAAGAACACCUUCACGGUGGACUGCAGCAAAGCAGGCACCAACAUGCUCAUGGUGGGCGUCCACGGCCCGAAGACCCCCUGCGACGAGGUUUACGUCAAGCACAUGGGCAACCGGGUCUACAACGUCACCUACACCGUCAAGGAGAAAGGGGAUUACAUCCUCAUCGUCAAGUGGGGGGACGAGGGCGUGCCCGGCAGCCCCUACCAAGUCAAUGUGCCCUAAGGGGCCCGAUCCCCUUGGUCCCGCCCUGCGCCUCCAAGACACACGGACUGGCACUGCCAAACACCCACAAUGCCCCUCGGGGCGGGGCCGAGGCCAGGAGGACAAUUGGGGAAAUGGGGAGGGGGGAGAGCUGUUUGGACUCUUGACGUUUCACUGAUUUUUUUUUGGGGGGGUGGCCCCAGCUGAAGAGGGGCCGGGAUGGGGAAAGGGCAGUGGGUGGGCAUCGUUGUGAGCUUAAAAGGGCGAGCACACACACACACACACACACGCCAGCAGAGCGGGCACCGGGAGCAAGAGGGACAAAGAAGAAGGGGGAACGAAGUCAAUGUGAGAAGAAGCGAGGUGGCAGGAAAAGGACUCCGUGGCAGGAGGACCACUGGGGGGGGGGAGGCUGUGCUCGGUGGUUCCACGCUGGGAGGUGGCGUGCAGGUGGUGGCGGUGGCACUGAUAAGCACUCCCGCCUCUCGCCACCAUCCUUGCAAGACGUAAUUCUUGUGGCUUGGGAAGCAGGGGAGGAAAUGUUGAGGGCGAAGGAGCGCGAAGAGAAGGGAGCGGAGAGGAGACGCCAGGAUGGAUGGGCAGAAGAGACUGGGGUUAAGGGCAAGGUCAAGGGGGGAACCAGGUGUCCCCCUGUGCCACCCACCCCUCCUCACAGCGGUAGGACCCAUCGGGACGCUACAGAGGGAAGAGCCGUGUAGAUUGAUGGGCAAAAAUAUGUCUGAGGCCAUUGUUGCUAGUGGACAAAGGUUGAGCCCAGGAUCUGGUGGGUGGGUGGAUGAGUGGGGGGUUUCCCGGCCGGUUCUGCUGCUCGAGCCCCUUUGCGCGUUGUGAUGGCCUUGGGGCCUUUGCAGGCGAAUUUUCUGAUCGCCUGAGUCCUUCGCUUUAGGGUUUUAAAACAGGGCAAAAGGCAAACACACACACACACACAGAGCCCUUUUGAGUGUUUUGCAUUAUGCCCCUGCCCCCCGCCCAAACUGGUGGGCUGCCUCGGUGAACGAGGGCACAGCUCAAACCAAAGAGUUUUGUUUUUCUGUUUUUUUUUAGAAAAGAAGGAAAGAGGAAGAAAGGAAAAAAAAAAGAUUUUAAAAAUAUAUAUUCUGGUGGGGGGGGAGGCUAGGCAUUGUGGCCCGUGCAGGGAGGGGGGGAUUCUCCCAACUGGACGCCCGUUCCGGGGAGGGGCCGUUUUUUAGCCCCGUGUUUGUGGUUGCGUGUGUCCGAGGGGCUGGAAGGGCGCCUCUCCUUGCAGACGGCGGUGGGGUUGGAAUUCACCUGCUCGCCCGCAAUAAAGGUGACUUGCUUUGGAA